AAAUGUCAUCUAUUCUUAAUAAAUUUAGAAAGCAACCUUAAAAUGAUGUACCACCAGGAAUCAAAAUAGAGAAUACUUUAUUUGGCUAAUAAAAUGGAACUUAUUAGCCUCCUUUGAUUCCAGCUGUUUAAUUGCCCCAAACUACUUAGCCAAGAUUAAAAGGAAGACCUGGAGGAGGUUUUUACAAAUUUGUAUUUUAGGCUGGGAUGAUGAACCUUAACCACAAUAGUAAUAACAAUAAAUUUAAUCCACACAACCAACUAAUACUAUCAAUCUAAUUAAUGAUACUCCACCUAAGAAAAUUGAAAACAAAACAAAUGUGGAUAUUAUACCACCAUUAUCAACAUUCAAUAAUAACAUUUAAUUAAGUAGGGUGACAGAGUAUAAAAUAGGAUAACUGUUAACUUAUGAAGAAUUAGAAAUUGGAGGAUUGUAUGUUUAUUCUAUAAUAUUUUAGUGAAUUUGAAUUUCACCUAGUAGAUGAAGUAAUUAAAUUAGGGGGCAUUAAAUUAAAAUAAAGUGAUGCAGUACUAAAAGAAUUUGCCAGAGCUUGCUAAACUUUAUAAGAAUAAUUGAUUGGUAGUAUUCUUUUGAAUAAACUCUACAGUGAAGAAAAUUGGAAAGUUCAAAUAGUAAAAAGUUCAAUCUAUUUUUUUAGAGAUGCAUAUAUGCAAUUUAAUUUAUUAGUUAGCAAUAUUAAAACUAUAGAGAUUUCUUUUAAAUUAAUCAGAAUUAUUUAAAAAUUGACACAGAUUAACAAAUAUUAUAAUCAACAAUAGAAUAAACUAUUUAAGAGAUUAAUGGAUAAUAGAUAUAAAAAUAAAAAGUAAUAAUAAUAUUUAUUUUAAGGAAUUUUAAUUUGAGUUUCGUGAACCACCAAAACCAUAAUAAAAUAUAACAUAAUAAUAAAUAAAUCUAAUUGAAAUUGGAAAUAAUGAUAAUUAAUAAAAAUAGCAACAGCAAUAAAAACUUGAUUUAAAAUCGCUAAAAAUAAAAUAACCUUAAGUACAAUAGCAAUCUCAAUAAUAAUAAUAACAAUAAUAUUAACAGAGUUAAUAAAAUACUAAUCAAAUAAAUUUACUAGAGGCAUUUAAUGAAAUUUCAUUACAAAAUUAUAAUUAAAACUAGUAAUAAUAAUAAUACUAAUAAUAAUAAUAAUAAUAAUAAUAAUAAUAAUAAUAAUAAUAAUAAUAAUCCUAAUAAGGAGCUAUUAGUUUUGAUGAAAUAUUAAAUACUUAAUAAUUAUCUCAAACAGCAUAAUAACCACAAUAAAAAAAGAAUGCUUUUGGAUUUCUAAAAAAAGAUCAACAAUAAUAAUCUUAAUAAUAGUAACCUUAAUAUUAAAAAUAAGAAUAACCAUAAUUAAAUACACUUUUAUUGCAAACACCUCAGUAAAUAUAUCAGUAGCCAGCCUUAAAUCAACAGUAAGUUUCUAAUAUUUAAUCUGCAUAACCAUAAAAUUUGUAUAAUGUAUAAUAAUCAGCUUCUUUAGGAUAACCUAAUUUUUCCUAAGCAUUUACACAAUAUAACAUCUAACAAUAACAAUAUAAUUUAGUUUAGCAAACAUAAUUUACAUAAGAAUAGCCAAAAUAAAAGCAAUAAACCAAUCCAAAAGAAAAUGCUUUUGAUUUCCUAAAUUUCUGA